AUGAUACCUCCGAAACCCCUCCUCACAGCCCCCACAAUAAACCCUCGUAUACCCCACCCCAACACACUCCCUACACCGCUCAAGCGCAAUCCCCUCGCCAUCACAACUCCGACACUGCAUCGUGAUACACGGCGCAUGGAACUCCCCGCGCGCCUCGUCGCCGCCGCCCUCCAUCUCGAAGAACCCGCGUUUGCCGAAGCAGGAGGGGCACGGCUCGGAGGUGGUUCCUGUGCCCCUGCAGCGGGGGCAGGGCUGGCUGGUUGGCUGGCUGGCUAG